CUGUUCGCUCUGGCUCACCAACUGGUUACAUUGCUUAGUCUUAUUUCAAGCCAGUAGGAUGGAAAGAGAUCAGUAAUAUUGGAAUUUGAUUGAUCACAUCGCUUUGAAAAGAAAGGCGUAUUGGCAACAAAAAGUUCCUCCAAGAUGGACUAUUUUUUGGAUGUUGAGUCUGCUCACAGACUGAUGUUAUACAAUCAAGGAGCUCAAGCUCGCCGGGCGACCCUGCUCACCGUGCCCACAUUAAUGGCGGCAUCUUCCGAGGAGGAGAUAGACCGGAGACCCAUCAGGAGAGUCAGGUCCAAGAGUGACACCCCUUACCUCGCAGAGGCCAGGAUCUCCUUCAAUCUUGGGAGAGGGUACACUGAAGUAACCCUACUGGCAGGAUCCGACAACGCAACUCCCUUUUUCAGCAGAGUCCCUCAAUUCAACAGCUCACUGUGGGAAGAGAGUUUGACUGAGAGCUCCUGCUUCCUAUGUUGCAGUCUCUCUACCUUCCUCCUCAGCAGGUUGCAAAUUGGAGGUGAUAAAGAUGUAGUUGUUUUCUCCUCCAGACUGAAAGUUGGUGCGGGACAGAUUCAUCCCCUUUGUCCUCACUAUAAUUACACCCUUGGAAACUAGUAAUAUGCAGAUUGUGUUUACCAUUGACUGUGACUGGUUGAUUAUGUUGUUUGCAGUAUGAUUAUCCCUUUCUGGUCAUGAUUAGUUUUUAAAAAAAUAUUGAAUAAAGCUUUAGGUUGGCUGGGUGACAUUUCAA